UUUUUUCAAAUAUUUGGAAGAUUGGUCUCAAUUCUAAAUUUAUUUUGUUAUUUUAUUUAUUUAUUUUUUGGAGAAGAAUUUAUUUUUACAUUGGAAAAAAAACACAACUACGGUCUAACAAAACAAUUAUCAACAACAAUAUCUCCAUGCCCCAUGCUGGCAUUUGCCAUGCUUAAAGGCUGGCAUAUUCCUUCAAAAGAUAUCAUUUUACUUAAAUUUAUUUCAAACAACAAAAUCAAAAAAAUGUCGCUUGAAUCUCUUGACUUGAGUGGUGGUUCUUCUGGAAACUCAAAUGAGAUGUGCCAGGACGACCUUUAUAAGUUCUCUCAAGCUGCAAUUAUUGACAAGUUGCAUGUAGACGAGAAACUUGCUCUCUGGCUCUCAAAGAUGACCUUUACCGAUGAUGACCCAAUUUUGGUUUUGAACUUCUCGAAAACCGUGUCUGAUGCUGAUCGGGAAAAGGUUGUCAGCGAAUUGGGAAAACAUGGUGGAGAGAAAUGUCCUUUCCAGGACAAUGUCUUCAAGUUUGAAACUCAUGCGGAUCUGACUUAUGCCAAGGAUGCGCUUCUCAAAAUUGUUCCAAAGUCUUUCUAUUCGACCAUACCACUAUGUGACGAGAAGGGAGAGCCUCGCUAUGACCUCGAGCCAUCAAUAACCACAACUCUCAUUGUUGUGGGUAAGAAGAAGCAACUUCAAUGGCAGCACUUCGAAUUUUUUAAAAUUCUUUAA